UCACUUCGUCUGUUUUCUGCAGCGCUAAUUGACCAAUGCAACAGAAACACAGCUUCUGCGUCCUCCUCUGUUGGAUAUGAGUAUGGCAUGUUGGCGGCAAAGCUUGAGAGUCCUGGAUCAUCCACUGUCGCACCUACUCAUCCCCCACCUCAACCACUGCACCCCAGUGCCUUUCCGUCGGGCCCAUCGCAGGGAGGGGCUCAAGCAUAUAAUCCUACGUACCAGACUCCUCAACCCCCUGCGGGUCCGCCACCGGGUUGGCAAGGGAUUCCUCCUCCUCAGCAACCACAGCCUGCCCAGCCCGUCCAAAGAAAACCUAUAGCUCCGUCCGGCUCACCUCCUGGACUUGCCAUUGUUGGAGCCGAGCAGAAAAAUACACCACCCCCAACCGGCCCUCCUGGAGUCACAGUUCAUGCCGAGUCGGAUCCGAAAACUCCCACUGCGCUAUCCGAGCAACCACCCCCGGCAUCAACCAUCUCCGACAUUGUAACUCCUUCGCUGUCUGAAAUGACGAUAACAGACAAAGGCCCCACUGACCCAUGGAAGAUAGUCCGAGUAAACGCUGAUCCAUCCAAAAUGCCUCGAAGAACACCCCCUCAAACAGUGAGCACAAAUGUCGCUUUGGCAAGAACACUUGUGAGCGCAGUCUCCACUAGCAAGCACAGCAUGGUAGAGCAACUGCUCAACCGCGGAGUUUCGCCAAAUCUCGAGGGUGACAGGAUUGCUCUGGUUGAAGCUGUGGCUCAGAAUGACCUGACGAGCUUGAGACUCCUUCUCGAAUUCGGCGCUGAUCCAAAUCUCAAACCUACUGAUGGUUUUCCCGCACUCCGCUACGCAUGUCAGCGUGGUCAAGAAGAAGCAGCUAGGCUAUUGCUGUCGUAUGGGGCUGAUCCUAAUAUCAAAAGUAAGGGUUCUCUAUUUGUUCGUUCCUGAUCUUGAUCUUCUCGGUCAUUUCUACUGUCCCCUUCCACUAGCCAUUCGAAAUAUCCGCGGAAACUCUUUUAAAUGAGCUGACUUUUU